AUGGAAUUACUUGAUUUACAAUCUUUUAUACCAAAAUUAUCAACAUUCUCUAGUGAAGAAUUGUUAACCCCCAUUGAAGCUUCAAAAUUACUGUUUACUAUUACUGAGUUGUUGAUCGAUCAUUAUGUUGAUUACCCCCUUUUGAAAUUUUUAAGUAGAUUCCUAACUCAAGAAUCUUAUGAUGAUAUUGUGGAAGAGAGGAAUAUUGAACAUCAAUGUGGUUAUAUACUUUGUAACCAAACUCCGAAACAACAAGUAAGAAGAUUAUCGUCUCAUAGUAAUGGAGUUACAGUAUGUUCCAAUGGAGGUGAAACCAAAUUCCAAAUUUAUAAUAGGAAACCUUCAAUCAUCUUACCUAAUACAUUUUUAUCCCAAUAUUGUUGUAAAGAUCAUUAUCAAGCAUCAUUAUUUUUUAGGAAUCAAUUAUCUCAAGAAGCAGUAUUUGCUAGGAAGAACAUCAUGGUAGCCCAACCAUUCCCUCAAGAUUAUCCUUCUUCAUGGUUUGAAAAUGGGAUAACUAGUCUUGAAGAAAUUCUCGCUAAACAUAGGGAAUUGAAGAGUCAAGGGAAAUCAAUAGCUGAUGUAGUUAAGAUGAUGAAUGGAUUAUCAAUGGAAGAUGACCAAGAAGCUGAAGAAUUGAUAAAAUUAAUUGAAGAUUUCGAAAUUGUUGAAAAAGAGAGUAAUUUAAAUGGUGAUGUAGAUUUCGAUGAUGAUGACGAGGAUUCUGCCGUUACUGAUGGACCAACUAGUAAAAUUGAAGGUUACAUAACAUCAAAUAAGAGUUUUGGUGGUUAUAUGGUGUAG